AUGGCUAGACUUUUUCUAUUCACUUUACUUGCGUUCGCCAAUUUCGCAAGUCCCGGAUCUUGUACAUCACAAGCCGCCCACGGGACAGGGCCAUGCUAUACCUGUGGUCCUCUUGCGGCCAGCCCUGCGCAAGCCCUGUGCAGUGGCACAUGUGUUGAUACUAGUACCAGCAGUGCCAACUGUGGAUCAUAUGGCAAUUCAUGUAAGAGUGCAGAGUGUGUAAACGAUAUUUGCGCCCCAGCCUGCCCUUCUGGGAAAAUACUGUGUAAUGAUGUUUGCGUCGACACUCAGAAUGACAAAAAUAACUGUGGAAGCUGUGGCUUUGUGUGUCCUCACCCAUGCCCCAGCGGAACAACACCCUUGAUAUUUUGCCAACAAGGAACCUGUGGUUAUGGGCCAGUGCAGCAAAGCAGGCUUGUUACCAAGAAGGAUUAG